UAAAUGUAAGGCUAUCAAGUUAGGUCACACUGUAGGGGAUAUAAGCGAAUCUGCGGAGACUUGGAGUCAGUGUGUCCCGGAGAUUCAACGGUACUGACUCCACAAUGAAGUUCGCAAUCCUCGCAGCCCUUGUCGCUCUGGCCGUCGCUGCGCCCCCCAGCAACGACGAGCAGCUCAUCAUCACCAAAAAGUUCUACCCCGACUCCUUCGCCGUCUACACCGGCCAACACGACAUCGUCGACAUCGUUGUACCCCUCAACCAGAUCAAUUACUCCGAAGAUAGCAACGAAGACACUGACGCAACCACGCUUACUGUCUUCUUCGUUGAAGCUGAUGUUAAAGACGAUGGAACUUACGCCUACCAAGGAUUGUACAGCUACAGGAACGGCGUAACCAAGAAGGUGCUCCCAAACGGACAGUGCACAACUUACGCUAAGAACAAGAUUGUCUACUUCGGCGCUAGCGACGGCAUCUACAGGUACAACGAACAAGACCAGACUGCGACCAGAUAUGGUACCGUUACUGAGAGCGUCAUCAGAAUGGCUGUUGAUACUGAACAUGCUAACGUAUAUUACUUAACAUCAAACUACGUUAUGUACAAAUAUGAUGAAGGUGAGAGGGUGGCUACUCCAGUUGAAGCAGUUAAGAACGCCAGAGACAUGGUCUUUGAUUACGACGGUAUCAUGUUCUUCUACGACGGAAACAACCAGUUUUACACUUACAACGGCCAGCGUGUCCUUAAAAUCGAGGGUCUCCCGGCGAACCCUACUAACGUAGCACUCAUCAGGCCUCCAGUUUUGAUCAACCAGGCUUUCGCUGUUAUUGAUGGCCGUCUUUAUGAGUUGAACGUGGAUGGUACCAGCGAGAUGGCACCAAUUAAGUUCCAGGCUCAACCUACCGCGUACGCCCCGGACACCAUUCUGUACCAAUACUAUGCUUACAAGCAGAGAAUGUACUUGUACAACCUGGUUACUCUGUUCGAUGAUAAGAACAUUGACGAACUGAAUGAGUUCUUUGAAGAUAAGCAGGAACAGAUCAACGCUUACAAGAACACGAAAGUUUCUAGCCGUUUGUAAAUCGUUUUGUCUGAAUGUCUGAAUAAAGCUGUGCUAUGAUUUA